GUAUAUACUAAUGACACUGCAGCAUUCAGGAGUGUUUGUGUGUGUCCUUGUGGAAAAAAAGUUGUGUUUUUGAUAGAUAUUGCAGAUUGUUUGGAUAACUGUAGACGGAUGAGACGGAUAGCCAUCAUGACAGAUGGAAAAGUGUAUGCACUGGGGGGCAUGGGUGCAGACACAACACCACAGGCCCUGGUUAGGGUGUAUGAUGCAGAGAAGGACCAAUGGCACCCAAUGACAUCUAUGCCCACACCGCGGUAUGGAGCCACGCCCUUCGUAAGAGGAACCAAAAUCUACGUGAUGGGUGGUCGCCAGGGAAAGAUGCCGGUGACAGCACUGGAGGCUUUUGACCUGGAGAUGAAGAGCUGGACACGUUACCCCUGCAUCCCCAGCCGGAGGGCCUUUUCCUGCUGUGCUUCAAAUGAGCGAAGCCUCUUCAGCCUUGGGGGCCUCCAGCAGCCGGGGCCGCAUAACUUUUACUCCAGACCUCACUUUGUCAGCACCACGGAGGAGUAUGAUCUGGAUCAAGGUAUUUGGAUAAAACCCACUCGGACAUCCAGGAUGAGGGAGAAGAGGGCUGACUUUGUGGCAGGAUGCCUGGGUGGAAGAGUCAUCAUAGCUGGUGGUCUAGGCAACGAACCCUCGCCGCUGGGCUCGGUGGAGAGCUAUAACCCGGUGAAGCGGCGCUGGGAGUACGUGGCACCCAUGCCCACCGCGCGCUGCUCCUCUGCUCUUCUGCAGGUGACCAACAUGCUGUUUGUAAUUGGCGGAGUUUCACAGGGACCCAGUAAUGCUGUGGAGGCCCUGUGCAUGCAGGAAACAGUGUGACACAAAGACACACACGAACACACGAGCAAGAAUAUGUGCAAACUGGCACUGAUAUUUUUCUUCAUGUGCGUGAACAGAGACACAAACACAUGAAAUGGAUCCACAAAUCCUGCUUGUACUGUUCUACCUUUAU